AUGGCCAACGGAAACCUCUCUGCUGUGACCGAGUUUAUUCUCUUGGGACUCACCGAUCACCCAGAGUUGGAGGUCCCACUCUUUGUGGUGUUCCUAGUGAUCUAUCUUAUCACCCUGACAGGAAAUCUGGGGAUGAUCGUGCUAAUCAGGAGUGAUCCUCAACUUCACACCCCCAUGUACUUCUUCCUCAUUAAUUUGUCCCUUGUUGAUUUCUGCUACUCCUCGGUCAUCACCCCCAAGUUGCUGGUGGGCUUCUUAUCUGGGAACAAAGCCAUUUCAUUCAACAGCUGUGCAACCCAAUUCUUUUUCUUUAGUUCCUCGGUGGGUAUUGAGUGCCUCCUGCUGGCCGUGAUGGCCUACGACAGGUAUGUGGCCAUCUGUAACCCGCUGCUCUAUACCGUCAUCAUGUCCCACAGAGUCUGUGUCCUGCUGGUAGUCAGUUCCUUUCUAGCUGGGUUUGCCAACUCGAUGAUCCACACCAUCUGUAUGUUUCAGUUGCCCUUCUGCAACUCCAAUAUCAUCAACCACUUUUUCUGUGAUGUCCCUCCUCUGCUGAAGCUCUCCUGCGCCGACACCUUCGUCAACGAGGUGGUGAUCUUUGCCUUCGCCAGCUUAAUUGAAAUCAGCUGCCUCCUCACCGUCCUCAUCUCCUACCUGCACAUCCUCUCUGCCAUCCUGCGGAUACGCUCUGCCGAGGGCAGGCGCAAGGCCUUCUCCACCUGCGCCUCCCACCUGACAGCUGUCUCCAUCUUCUUUGGGACUACGCUCUUCAUGUAUCUGCGGCCCAGCUCCAGCUCCUCCAUGGGCCAAGACAAAGUGGUCUCCGUGUUGUACACGAUGGUGAUCCCCAUGCUGAACCCCCUCAUCUACAGCUUGCGGAACAAGGAGGUGAAGGCUGCCCUGAGGAGAGGGCUUGGGAGGAAAUUCCCCCAGGACAGGAGCAUCGGGACUGAGGCAAGUUAG